UCUAUUCUCUUUCUACUUGAUCAUAUUUAAAAAUGUUUUUAAACCAAAUAACUUUACUAGUACUAUUUUUUUGUUCCUAUGUCUUUGCAAAUAUGGCCCCAAGUUAUCCAGAGCCAGGAACAGUUUGGAAAUCAGGCAAUUCAUAUGAGAUUACUUGGGUAAAUGACAAGCAUUCUCCUUCUAUUGCAAAAGCCUGGAAAGAUUUUAGAAUUGACUUUAUGACAGGUGAUAAUAUGAAUCAAAAAUUUUUGAUAAACGUCGCAAAGAAUUUGGAUGGUACAAAAAUUAAAUCUUUUAAUUGGACGGUGCCUGAAGUUGAACCUCAUGCUGCUAUCUAUUUCUUUAAGUUUUCAAAUGGAAAAGGACAAGAUGCGUGGACUACGCGUUUUGCUAUUACUGGACAAGAUGGAAAGUUAUUUAGACCUCAAAAAUCAACUCAACCCGACGGCGCGAAAAUUCCUUGGGGAAUUGGUAAAUUAGUAAAUAAUGAUAUAGAUAGCAAGAAUAGUAACCAAAAGGAAAUCAGUACAAUAACUGAUACUAAUUCUGUGGACUCUGCUAUCCCACCAAUAACAGAAAAUAAUAUCGUAGAUUCUGUUAUAGUUUCAAAUAAUACUAAAAAAAAUAACCUUUCUUUUUCAGUUUUACUUAUUUCUAUCUUAGCAACUAAUAGCUUUUUAUAUUUACUACAAUAAAAGACAGUCAUAUACAUACAUACAUACAUACAUACAUACAUACA